AGGUAAUGCUUGGGAAAUUUAGUUCUCUGCUGUGCUGAUCAUAUCCAGACACAGCUGACACUCUGAGGGAGAGUACCUUUGGACUAGUUUAUCCUCUGGUAUUAAACUCUGGAAUUCACAUAAAGUUAUUUUUUUUAAAACAUCUGGAUCUAUUUUAGAGUUUUAAAAAAGUGUGUUUAUUAUUAGUUUACAUCUGCUGAGACUGUCAUAUCUCUACUGGCUUUCGCCGUUUCUUACUACAUGGCCACGUUCGCCCGCAGCGCACCUCUGCCGGGGGUAGGCACACUUGUUGCGGAUCCGCAGUCUCAGGAGAUUGUAGAGAGCAGCCGCUUGUUGAUACAAAAGAUCCUGCUCUCCAUUCCCGACACGCACAAAUCCUGCAUCCACUCAGAGGGUCUCAAACUCAAUUCCUCAGAAAAUGCAAAGCUUGUUAUCAUGGCGGCCACCAUCGGCAUCCCCUCUGCCCCUGUACUCAGACCUGUAUCAGAAAACUUCAGUGUGGAGACCAGUUUGAGUCGCAUGUCUGAGGGUCUUCAGCUGCAUCGGGCCUUACUGCAGCAAGCUUCUGACUCCCCUCACCUGGAUAAAAACGACAAACUGACCGAGCUGAUGGCUGACAUUAGGGACCUCGUCAUUAAGACCAAUAAGUUGCUGAAAACUGUCCAACGAGAGACUGUGGUGCUGCCCACUCCAACCCCCGUCACCUUAAACCUACCAGGGGAAUAUGAGGUUCAGGUGGCAGCACACCUGAUUCUGGUGCAGCUCCAAUCUUUUGGCCAGGACGUGGACCGCAGCCUCAGGAGUCUGAUCCAGAACAAAGAAGAGGAGACAGAGAUCUAACCACUGGGUGCCAUAGUCUCAUGUCCAAAACGUACAACAUCCUGCCGUUUAUUAUUAUUAUAUUUAUUAUUAUUUAUUUUCUUGUUAAAAAUUAUUUAUUUGUCUUUCUAUUUAUAUCAAUCUAUCUGUAUGUAUUUAUUAAGUAUGGAUUAUUUAUUUUUGAUAGCAAAGUUUUGUCCCUCAGUCUGUUUUCUUUACAGUUGAGGCAACUUUGGUUUUAACACUGGCCUGCUAACCUCUUCUGAUCUUCUUAAAUUAAGUCUACAUCACAGAGCAACAACUGAAAAUGAAAUCAUUUAUCAGUCUGCCAAAACAAACAAUAUGUAUUUCCGUUUUGAUAAAACAAAAAAAAUACACUAAUACUUCUCUCUAUACUGUAGCUGAGUUUAAUAAAAAAUAAAUGUGUGUAAAGACAGCUUAAAGAAAAGCCUUCCUGUCUAUGCAAGCAGGAGAUUAAUUAUACAUUUUGUAAGAUGCUGAAAUGAAAAAGCCUUUACAUUUUUAUUUUUGUAUGAAUUUUUGUAUAAUUGAACUUUAAAUAACACUGUACAUGUUUGUAUUUUUUAAUUUUUCAAUAAAAAAAAAAACCCUCUUUCCUGAAAA